CUUUCAAACCUUUCAACCUUUCGCGACCACCAACGAUGAGGAUAGAAGAACUUGUCCUGGAAGGAUUCAAGUCAUACCCUGUUCGAACGCAAAUUACUGGCUGGGACCCGUCUUUCAACGCGAUCACUGGGCUCAAUGGAUCCGGAAAAUCGAACAUUCUUGACGCGAUUGCAUUUGUACUUGGGAUAACCAACAUGUCCGUGAUGCGUGCGGCAAACCAACAAGACCUCAUAUAUAAGCGCGGACAGGCCGGGGUCACCAAGGCAAGUGUCACUAUCGUCUUCGACAAUUCAGAUCGCUCCAAGAGCCCCCUUGGGCUGGAGGAUCAAAAGCAGAUUACCGUUACUCGUCAGGUGGCGCUUCCUAACGUUUCAAAAUAUCUCCUCAACGGCCACAAAGCUCCUCAGCAAACCAUCCAAAAUCUCUUCCAGUCCGUUCAGCUCAACAUCAACAACCCUAAUUUCGUCAUCAUGCAAGGACGUAUCACCAAGGUGCUCAAUAUGAAGCCUCAGGAGAUUCUGGGCAUGGUCGAGGAAGCCGCCGGAACGCGGAUGUUUGAGGAUCGAAAGGACAAGGCGAAGAAGACAAUGGCAAAGAAGGAGAAGCGCGUUGACGAAAUCACUGCGGUGCUGCAGGAAGAAAUUGCACCUAAGCUCGACAAGCUUCGAAAGGAGAAAAAGGCAUUCCUGGACUACCAAAAGGCUGCAGCGCAACUAGAGCUUCUCGGGAAGAAACUGCACGCGUUAGAGUGGUACGACGCGAAGCAGAGGGUCGACUCGAAGGAGAAAGAGGCCGAGCAAAAGCGAGAAGAGGUCAAGACGAGGCAGGAUGAGAAAAAGAAGGCGAUACGGGAUUUGAAGGCCGCCGAGGAUGAUGCCUCAGAGGUGCAGAAGAAGAAGGAUGCUGAGAUGCGAAAGGGCGGCAAGCUAAGCAAGUUGGAGGCAGACGUGCUAGAGCUGGACAAGGAGCUCACAAAGUUACGAAUGCAAGUUCAGCUCAAGGAGAGCUCUAUCAUGGACGAUGACAAGAGUGUCGAAAAUGCCAAAGCUGAGAUCCGGCGGCUCGAAGGUUCAUUAGCCCAGCAGCAGGUUGAAGUGGAGAAGAUUACGGCCGAACAUACUGCCGUCAAGGACGUCCACUUAGAAAUUCAGCAAAAACUCACAUCUGAUGAAGAGCUGCUGCAGUCAUUGCUGACAGGGCUUUCUUCCAGCAAUACGAAUACUAACGGCGGAGGAUACUUGGGCCAGAUUGCGGAGGCGCGAGCCAGGGGUGCCCAGGCGCGAGCAGAGGAAGAACAGGGCAAAAUUACGCUGUCGAUGCAGGAGAAGGACCUCCAGGAUCGACAAAAUCGGUGGAAGGAGGUCGAACGUGAUGCGGAGGAAGGCAAGCGGAAGAUCCAAGCGCUCAAGACUGACCUCGAACGAUAUAAGCUGCAGGUCGAAAGAUGCGGAUGGAACAGAGUAAUGGAGGAGACUUUCGAGGGCCGACUUAAGGAGCUGAAAGCACUUGUCCGCCAGCUCAUCGAGAGACGCGACUACGUCAAGCAGAAUCUAGGAGGACUUGACUUUGAUUAUCAGGCACCACUUAAUUUCGACCGGCGGAACGUUAAGGGUCGUCUAGCGACACUUGUCUCUCUCGACAAGGACAAUUACCACAAGGCCACCGCUUUAGAGGCUACAGCUGGUGGACGACUGUACAACGUCGUCGUCAAGGACGAGAAAGUCGGCAAGGACCUACUGACAAACGGGAACCUUCGAAAGAAAGUGACGAUUAUUCCUCUCAACAAGAUCCAGCCUUCCUCAGUCCCUCCCCAAAAGGUCUCUCGGGCAGAACAGCUCGUGCCGGGAAAAGCCAAGGUUGCACUCUCGUUGGUUAGUUACCCUGACGAGGUGAAGAAUGCCAUGGCAUACGCGUUUGGAAGCACCUUUGUCUGCGAGGACGCUCAGACAGCGAAGACUGUGACGUUCAACAGGGAGAUCGGAGCGCGCGCCGUGACGUUGGAGGGUGAUGUGUACGAGCCUUCAGGAACUUUGAGUGGAGGGUCGGCGUCGCAGAGUAGUGGUGUGUUGUUGAGGGUGCAGGAGCUCAUUGAAGCGGAGGUGAAGCUAGCUGAUGUCCAAGACCAGCUGGUAGCACAUGAAACAGGCGGAGAGAAGAACCGGAAGAAGAGGGAUGAUUGGAAGGCUUUGGAAAGGCAGAUUGAGAUGAAGGAGCAUGAGUUACAGUUGCUAGAAGGCCAAGUUGGGGGAAGUACUGCUGGUAGGCUCGAGGACGAUAUCAAGACACUAUCACAGAGCAUUCAAGUGCUGCAGAAGAACAUCCAUGAUGCGAAGGAGAAGCAAAAGGCGGCCGAACAGGAAUGCAAGAAGCUUCAACGUGAUAUGGACGAGUUCAAGAACAACAAGGAUGGCAAGAUCGAUGAGCUAAAGACCGGUAUUCAGAAGCAAAAGGCGGCGCUACAGAAGCAUGCUGUAGUGGUGAAAGAAACGCAAAAGGAGCUGCAAACUGCGAUGCUGGAGCUAGAGCAAAUGCAAAUCGAUAUCAACACUGCGAAGGCCACACUUGAGGAUGUUGUCGCCGGGGGUGCUAAACUACGAAAGGAGCUCGAGAAACUCGUACAGCGCGUCGCGAAUGAACAGAGGUCGUAUGAGACGGCAUACCAGGAGCUUGAACAGGAACGGGCGACGCUUUCCCGGUUUGACGGCCAACUAAAGGAGCUCGAAGGGGUCAUCAAGGCGAAGAAGAAGGUUCUCGUUGACGCUGAUGCUGAUUUGACCAAGUUGGACCAUGCGAUACAGAAUUUGGAUAAGGAGCGGAAAGCCGCAGGAUCCAUCAGUCAGUUCAACAGGCCUGGAGGCAAGUAUGACUUUCGGCAAGUGGAGGAGGUUAUUGAGCUGGAGAACAAGCAGAAGGUGCAGAAGAAGAAGGUUAAUUAUAAGGUGAAGAAGGAGUCGUCUCUACAAAAGAUGCUUGAGACGGUACUGGGGGACAAGAAGAAGAUUGAGCAGACUAUUGAGGAGCUCGAUCGAUAUAAGAGGGAUGCACUUCAGAAUACGUGGACAAAGGUGUCUAAAGACUUUGGCGAAAUCUUCCGAGAACUCCUGCCAGGAAAUUAUGCCAAGCUCCAACCGCCCGAAGGCCUCGACAUGACUGAAGGCUUAGAAGUCAAAGUCCAGCUUGGCACAGUGUGGAAGCAGAGCUUGACGGAAUUGAGUGGAGGACAGAGAUCCCUCAUUGCACUGUCGCUUAUCAUGGCCUUGCUCCAAUUCAAACCAGCGCCAAUGUACAUCCUCGACGAGAUUGAUGCGGCGCUAGAUCUGUCACAUACGCAGCAUAUUGGGCAUCUAUUCCGGACGCGGUUCAAAGGGGAAGGGUUAUUUACAAAUGCAAAUGUAUUGUUCAGGGCAAGGUUUAGGGAUGGGACAUCAAUUGUGGAGCGGACCGCUAGUAGGAGUGGAUCGACACUGUAUGUGGAGGAGGGGCAGGAGGGAAGGGGAGGCAGGAGAAGAUGAUUCUUGGCUUGCAGGAUAAGUUAUUUACUAGGUAAUAUGUAUUUGGUGUAUUGUAUGAUUUGACCAUAACAUUCAAACGUGGAUCGCUCAUAGUAUUGCAAUCUUGGUCAUCAUCUUAGUAUU